AUGAAGUUUACAUCAGUUGAUAACUCUAAAUUUGACCAUACUAAAUAUACAAUGUCAGUGACUUUAAAAUAUUGAUAAAACAAUUUAUUUAUUGCACUGUGUCAAUUACACACAAUCUAGAAUAUAAGUCACGUUUAUAAUUAGGGAGGAAAUCAAAACUUAUUAUAAGUGCAGUACACUAACAUUCCCAAGCCUUUGAUUGGACGAUACAUAGGUUGCAAAUUAAGUCUCGUUUCGAAAUUAGUACUUAAAUAGAUUCCAGUGAAGCUUUAUACAUCCAUUUACCGCGUAGGAAAAAUUGCAGGAAUCACAAAAGAUGAAUUUUUUUUCUAUUUUGUUAUAUUUGGGCUUUCUAGCAACCAUCUCACAGGGACAAGACUGUUAUGAUGACCAGGGUAACGCUCAAAUGUGUAGCCCUCCGUUUGUAAAUGCUGCCUUCAAUAGGUCCGUCCAGGCCACCAACACGUGUGGUCAGGCGGGGCCCACAGAGUUCUGUCCUUUUUCACGGUGGGGUCAGCCACUACCCUGCCAGGUCUGUGACGCUCAGAGUCCCAGGACAAGGCACCCCCCGCAAAUGACGACGGACGCGGAAUUUCCCAGAACCUGGUGGCAGUCAGAUACAAUGUUAGAAGGGAUAAGGUACCCUGUUGUGGUCAACCUAACUCUGGAUUUCAAAAAAGCCUACGAUAUUACUUAUACCAAUUUGCGUUUCCAAACUCCAAUUCCUGAAAGUUUUGCAAUCUACAAGAAAACUACUGAAAGCAGUGAUUGGACGCCAUAUCAAUUUUUCAGUGCGUCCUGCCGGAGUACAUAUGGAAAACCUGGUAGGCGGUUUCCAAUUACAGCCGACGAAGCCAUCUGUACGUACCAAUACAGUGACCUUUUCCCAUUGUCUGGUGGUCGUGUUCCAUUUAGUACUUUGGGAAGUCGCCCUGGUGCGUUUAGUUACGACAAUAAUCAUGUCUUGCAGGAAUGGGUAACAGCCUCAGCUAUACGGAUUUCCCUCACGCGAAUGAAUACCUUUGGUGACGAGGAUUUUGGUGGCGAUACGGUCUUGAAAUCAUAUUACUACGCCAUUUCUGAUAUAAGUGUUGGUGCCAGGUGUAAGUGCAAUGGACAUGCCAGUGAAUGUUAUACUCCAGAUGGUCAAGAAUCAGACAGAGAAGUUUGUAGAUGUCAACACAACACAGCUGGAGUUGACUGUGAAAAGUGUCUGCCUAUGUACAACGACAAACCGUGGGCAAGAGCAACACCUAGCAGCGCUAAUGAGUGUCAGCGUUGUGAGUGUAACAACAAAGCCGACAGCUGCUAUUUUGAUCAGGACCUGUAUCAGAGAACAGGGAGGGGAGGUCGUUGUGUCGACUGUAGGGACAACACAGACGGUCCUCACUGUGAGAGGUGCAAGGACAACCACUAUCUAAGGUCAUCAGAUGGAAGGUGCACCUCGUGUGAUUGUGAUCCUAUUGGUUCUGAUACUCUUCAAUGUGAUGGGACUGGGCAAUGCCAGUGUAAAUCAGGUUAUACAGGAGAAAAAUGUACAAGAUCGUCAUCCAGAAGUUGAAUACUUCAAAUGCCUUCCAGAGAUUUCAAACUUUCACAGAGAAGGGAAACAAAUAUUUCUAUUACUCGUUAAUGUAUAUCCGUUUGUAAGAAAACAGGUAAAGAAAUAAAAUGAUUAAAUAUUAA